UAAACCCUGUGGGAACGGUGGUUCUGCAGAUCAGCUAAAUCAAUGGCUCCAGACGGGCUCACAGGCUGCUGAAGCCACUGCUUUGAAGUGAACCUCCACAUUGUUUUCUGCUGUAGGAUGGAGGAUGGCAGGAGAGCCCACACUGCCAUUGUUGGCUGGGCAUGCACCACCCUGUGCUUGGUCUCCUGCACAGCCGCCUUCUCACACGGCGCGAGCCUUUCUGCCUGCGCCGACAUGAUGCCCAGGCACCUCAGAGUGCAGCUGCACAGCCCCAACAGCAACUACGUCACUGUCCACACCAACAUGUCCUUCUACUUCCCAGGUGACAAGGUUCCAGUGACAGUGAGGAGCACCCGGGAUUAUAUGGGCUUUAUGCUCCAAGCUCGCAAAGUGUCCAACAACGAAAUCGCUGGCACAUUCAUCUUCAUGCCUCCUGGUUCGAAGCUGCUGACUUGUUUUGAAGAUGGGGACACUGUUACCCACUCAGACAAGUCACUGAAAAGAAACCUGUCCUUUGUAUGGAAAGCACCAGACCAACCCAUUGGAGACGUCAAGUUUUUCAUCUCCAUAGUCCAGUCAUACUUUGUUUACUGGGCAAAGAUUGAAUCUGCCAUCGUGGCUCAGGGGGGGCAAAACAAGACGCUUGCUGGCAGUAGCAAGAAGCCCGACGCCGCAGCCCCUGUGCCCUCGCAGGGACCAGAUGACACACACCCCACAGGAACGGCGAGCAAAGGUCCCACCUCUCCUGCAGGCUCCCCCCUGCGCACUCCAGCACCGCCUGCCAGCCCCACUGGCAACAUGGCAACACCAGCACCAGAGCCAGGUUUUGGUGUCGAGUCAGAUGCCCGUCCCAUUGCUGAGCCAAAGCAGCCGGCACGGACUUCACGGGCUGUGUCCGGUGGGAGAGUCAGGUCCAGAGGCCGGGCACUGGAGCCAUCCUUUCCCACCCAAGAAGCAAGCACGGUGGAUGCCUUGCAAGGUUUCCUCUCCCAGAACAAUGCCUCCAGCUUCAGCACCUCCAAUGGGUAAACUCGGUGGUGGGAAGAGCUAUUUCUCCAGUCCUUAUAGGGAAGGAAAAUAGUACUAGUUUCCCUGCAGAUGAACAAGGGUCUAUGUAGGAAGGUGUCUGCGGCUGGGGGGGAGGCAAGAUGGUGUUUGCUUGCUGGGAUUUUGAAACAUAAUCCUUUGGAGAUUCCACAUGACAGACAGUGACAGGGAGAAAACCCAAAACUCAUAAGAACCCAAUGCUACACUGUUCAGCCCAGAGGAGGACUGGUCAAGUGGCAGACAAAUGUGAU